AUGGGGGGUGUGCUGGACAAGCCGAUUACCCGGAAGAGCUCCGAAAGCGGUGUCGACUGCGGGCCACUGCGCCUCACCUGGGCAGCGAGUGCCAUGCAAGGCUGGCGGGUGUCCAUGGAAGAUGCCCACAUCACCUUGCCGGUCGUUCUGCCUCGGCGUGCCAGCUCAGCGGCCCCUUGGACUCAGACGGCCGUCUUUGGCGUGCUCGACGGCCACGGUGGGGCUCAGGUGGCCAGAUUUAGCAGCAGCCGCUUGCCGGAGGAGUUGGCCAAGUUCCCCCUCAAGGAGGGUCCGGGAAAGCGGGAGCAGAUGGAGGAUGCAAUGAAAGGGUCUUUCCACAAAAUCGACGACAUGCUGCGAAGCGGCCACUUUGCCGCAGAGCUGCUCGCCCUCACGAACCGGACAGCGCCGCCUGGGGCUGGUCCUCAGGCCAUGAUCCAGCCCCCGCGAAAUGGGGAUGCCCAUAGCGCAGGUUGCACCGCAUGUGUGUGCUGCAUUACGGACACGCAGAUCAUCACAGCAAAUGCUGGCGACAGCCGCGCGGUGCUUUGCAGCGGUGGAGUGGCGAUCCCUCUCAGCAAGGACCACAAGCCGAACGAUGCCGGCGAGAAGCGGCGGAUCCAGGCGGCUGGUGGCUGGGUGGAAAGCUGCGGGGCGGGGCAGCACCGCGUGAACGGCAAUCUGAACUUGUCCCGUGCGCUGGGAGAUCUGGAGUACAAGAAGGACACGUCUCGUCGUCCUGAGGAGCAGAUCAUCUGCUCCACCCCUGAUGUCACUUUCAGGGAGCGGGACCUGGAGAAAGAUGAGUUCCUGCUCAUUUGCUGUGAUGGUGUGUGGGAUGUGAAGACCAACCAGCAGGCAGUUGACUUUGUGCGCAAGCGACUUCCUUCCGCAGACGAUGCCACCGAGCCAGCUCUGGAGCAUGCGCUGGAAUCACUCCUGGACGAUUGUGUCUCGCCCGACCUUCGCGAGACCCACGGCUUGGGCGGUGACAACAUGACUGCUGUCGUCGUGCUUCUCAAGGCACCAUCGAAGGCGCGAACUGCGAAGCCACUAGAGACAAGGAGCUCCAAAGACACAGAGCUCCCGAAGGUUCAGCUUAUCUCUUGCACUGCAGAGCCAGGAGGGGGCGCUCCCUCCGAGGCUUUCGCAAGCACGUCCGGCUCGAUGAAGGUUCGCCUGAGGCUUCCGCUGGGCAUCCCCGUCAGCGACGUGUUCCUUUUCUUGGCAGAGGACAAAGCUGCGAUCCAGGUGAUGCUUCAAGAGCGGUCGGAAGGCAUGCCGCAAACAUGGUCUGAGAGAUUCGACCUGCAGCAGUGGCUUCCGGAGGCCUCCGUGCUUCGUUCGCCUGGCUUGCCGGCAAAGUUUACCUCCAGCUCCGGACGCUUGAGGCUCAUCCUGCCCUGGACAAAGACUGUCGAGUCACGAACGUGCGAGCCAUGA